GCCAGAUAUCACCACGUUGCAAGGUGGUUCAGGGAUGCGUCACGUGAUUUGAGACUCGCGCGACUGGUUUUGGGGGAUGCGGCGUUAAGUUUGGAGGAAUGGUUCAGAGAGGCUGUUCGAUCAUUAGGGAUGGUUAUUUUCUCUCUAUAUUUGCACGCUUCACAUAGUUCAGCCCCCAGCAUGGCAAAGUGUUCCUGAAUGCCUGACCGAUGAAGCGCAUCUGUCGACAAGAUCGACGAAGGUCUAUCAUUCCAGCUUACCCUGUAAUAAUGCGCACCACUUCAGUACCAUCUCAGCCGCCAUUAUGCAUGCGCCGACGCGAUUACUUGUUCGAUCUGCAGUCCCUCGCCUCCGGCCGGCUCGCUCGCUGCACACGACAAUACUCAGGACGGCCAAUGUCGCGCCCGUUGUUGGCACCGGGCCGCCUCCAGAGGCACCACUCGCCGAGAAUGCGAACAAGGCAUACGAGCGGGUAGAGCGCAGGAAACGGCAGGCCGAGAUGCUCAAGUCGGCGAAGCAGAUACGGACGGUGGCGGAGGGGAAGAAGGGCGGCGUGCUCCAAAAGCGCUUCUGGCAAGACGUGACGGUACGGGAAGUUGAUGGUGCUCUGCAAGUAUUCCUGGACAGCCGCGCGCUACGACACCCCAAUACCAAAGAGGUCAUUCCCAUACCCCUCUCCAAGCCGAACCUCGCCUCUGCGCUGGCCCUCGAAUGGGACCAGCUCACAUCGGCGCAGGAAGCUACGAGGUCACACCUUAUUCCUCUGACCAGUCUCGUCUGCCGCGCUCUCGACAUACAAGCCGACGACGCGGCAGCUUCAUCCGUCGAGACAGCGCCGAUUCGGACGUCAAUCGUCAACACUGUGAUGCGUUAUCUCGACACGGACUCGAUGCUGUGCUGGGCGCCGCCUGCGGGCCCGUACGACCUCAAGAACGAUGCCGGGGAGUCACUCAGGGAUGUCCAGACCGAGACCGCCAAGGAGACGCUGGCUUUCCUGACAUCGAAAAUCUGGCCGGGCGUUACCAUCACGCCUGCCCUCGACGGACACUCCAUCAUGCCCCGGUCGCAGUCCCCGGAAACACAGGCCGUCGUGCGGAGCUGGAUAUCGCGCCUGGACGCCUUUGAGAUUGCCGGUCUCGAGCGUGGCACAUUGGCAGGCAAGUCUGUCCUGGCCUCGGCGAGGCUGGUAGCCGAGUGGAGCGAGGGAUCAGCCAACACGGGAGAUGCGUUGAGCGGUCAGCUCUUUGGCGCCGAGGAGGCUGUGCGGGCCACAAACCUCGAGGUCGACUGGCAAGCGAUGCAGUGGGGAGAGGUCGAGGAUACGUACGACGUGAAUAAGGAGGAUGUGACGCGGCAGCUGGCCAGUGUGAUCCUGCUUGUGUCUGGGACAGGCAAAGCUUGAAAGGGCCAAUGUAAGUAAUAUUGCAUAGCAUAUAGACUGUAUCAUAGAAAACCGCAUCGCAGACUGGUUGCUAUUUGGGUACCACUCGAUCAGCUCGCACAUCUU